GCGGAUUCGUCUCCUUCUUUUCCAUCAUCAACCAUUGAUUUCCUCUCCUCCAUAAUUUUUUUCUUCUUCUUAUUUAUAUAUUCUUAUUAUUCUACAAGAAGAAAAGAGAAGACAUACCGUUGGUGGAAAAUGGCGGGGAACGGAAUCGAAAACACUGAUGGAGACUUCAGUUUCUCGGCUGCGGCGGCGCGUGAUGCGCUUCCGAGGAUCACUACGGAGAAGGGAGCCAAGUCUGUAGACGUAUGUCACGAUGACACCGCAUCGCGGGUAAACUUCCAGACAAUCGACGAGCUCCACAGUCUCCAGAAGAAACGAUCUGCUCCUACCACUCCUCGCAAAGAAGGAGGUGGUCUGGUGAUGGGAACCAGUGGCCCUACCACUCCUUCCUCCCGCGACACCAUGCUUCAAUCCGUCAGUGCAUCGUUGGCUUCGUUGACGAGAGAGACAGGACCGAAGUUAAUCAAAGGAGAUCCCACGUCGGCCGCGAAAGUGGCACACGUGCCACACACUCCUACAUCAGUUCCAGCUGCUGACGUCAGUGACAGCGGCUUGAAAUUCACGCAUAUCCUUCACAACCUCUCUCCCGCCGAAUUGUACGAGCAGGCGAUAAAAUAUGAGAAAGGAUCGUUUAUAACAUCGAACGGUGCGUUGGCGACGUUAUCGGGAGCCAAAACUGGCCGGUCUCCUAAAGACAAGCGUGUGGUUAAGGAUGAGACAACUGCGGCCGAGCUUUGGUGGGGAAAAGGAUCACCAAACAUUGAGAUGGAUGAACAGACCUUUUUGGUGAACCGAGAAAGAGCUGUUGAUUACUUGAACUCUUUGGACAAGGUGUUUGUGAAUGACCAAUUCCUGAACUGGGACCCAGAGAACAGAAUCAAAGUCAGAAUAGUAUCAGCAAGAGCUUACCAUUCACUUUUCAUGCACAACAUGUGUAUCCGUCCAACACCUCAAGAGCUAGAGAAUUUCGGGACACCCGAUUUCACCAUCUACAACGCUGGAAAAUUCCCAUGCAACCGUUACACUCACUACAUGACAUCAUCGACUAGUGUCGACAUAAACCUAGGAAGAAGAGAGAUGGUGAUUCUAGGGACACAGUACGCUGGUGAAAUGAAGAAAGGGCUCUUUGGUGUGAUGCAUUACCUGAUGCCUAAGCGAAAGAUCUUGUCACUUCACUCCGGUUGUAACAUGGGAAAAGAAGGAGAUGUUGCUCUCUUUUUCGGUUUAUCUGGAACCGGAAAGACUACAUUGUCGACCGAUCAUAACCGGUAUUUGAUUGGUGAUGAUGAGCAUUGUUGGAGUAAUGCUGGAGUUUCGAACAUCGAAGGUGGCUGUUACGCGAAAUGCAUUGAUUUGUCGAGGGAGAAAGAGCCUGAUAUCUGGAACGCUAUCAAGUUUGGAACUGUUUUGGAGAACGUUGUGUUUGAUGAGCACACGAGAGAAGUGGACUAUAACGACAAGUCGGUGACGGAGAACACACGUGCGGCUUAUCCGAUUGAGUAUAUCCCUAACUCUAAGAUACCGUGCGUUGGACCACACCCUAAGAACGUGAUCCUAUUGGCUUGUGAUGCCUUUGGUGUGUUGCCACCAAUAAGCAAGCUGAAUCUUGCUCAGACUAUGUAUCAUUUCAUCAGUGGCUACACUGCCCUUGUUGCAGGAACAGAGGAGGGAGUUAAGGAGCCACGAGCUACCUUCUCGGCUUGUUUUGGUGCUGCUUUCAUUAUGCUUCACCCAACCAAAUACGCAGCUAUGUUAGCGGAGAAAAUGCAAGCUCAAGGAGCCACUGGUUGGCUUGUUAACACCGGCUGGUCCGGUGGAAGCUAUGGAUCUGGAAGUAGGAUCAAGUUGGCGUAUACAAGAAAGAUUAUUGAUGCUAUACAUUCGGGAAGUCUGUUGAAUGCAACUUAUCAGAAAACAGAGAUUUUUGGUUUGGAGAUUCCAAAUGAAGUUGAAGGAGUGCCUUCUGAGAUUCUGGAACCUAUGAAUGCAUGGGAAGACAAAGAGGCUUACAAGGACACAUUGUUGAAGUUAGCUGGUUUGUUCAGAAACAAUUUUGAGACAUUCACAAGUCAUAAGAUCGGAGAUGAUGGCAAAUUGACUGAAGAGAUUCUUGCAGCUGGUCCCAACUUCUAAAGUAAUGAAGAUGAUGAACCAACCCAUUUAAACAAAAAAUAAAAUAAAAAUAAAACGGCUUAUAUGGUCAUUUAAAAAUAAAAUGAAUAAUGUUUAGACAUCUAUUUGGCGGCUUAUUUGUUUUUCUGUCAUAUUUCUGUUCUAGUUGAAAUGAGAACUAUUCUUUUUCUUUUCUUUCCUGAAUGUUUUAUCCAAAAAUAAGUU